AUGAGUGACAACGCUUCUCUGGUUCCCCCAGCACCAAGCCAGGGUCUUACUACCCCCUGCAAAGGACCCUCUAAGUUCAAGCAGAGGCAGAAUCGCCUGUUGAAGAGCAAGCCUCCUGAGAAAGGGCUCAGUGGGUUCGGAGAUGAUAUCCCAGGCAUGGAGGGGCUAGGAACAGAUAUCAUGGUGAUCUGUCCCUGGGAAGCAUUCAGCCACCUGGAACUGCAUGAGCUUGCUCAGUUUGGGAUCAUCUGA